GGGCAGGAGCGUGCUGCUGGGCGGUAGUGGCUCAGAGCGGAUGUAGUUCAUAGCGGGAAAUUACAACAGCAGGAGCAGAAGCAGCGCUACAGGGCGGAGAUGGAGAAGCGGCACAUAACAAUCCAGAGUGGAUCUCCCAUCAAGAAGGAAAGAUCUUUUACCUAUUGUAAUGAACUGUGCUGUCCACACCCACAUUUCCACUGCCAAAACUGUCCGAUAUUAUUUCACACGGAAAAUAAGUAUUUGGAUCAUCUUCCCAUGUGCUUAAUUGGGAAAGAGGUGGGUCACUCGAGUCACAAAGUGGAUGAAGAAGAAGAGGAGGAGGAGGAGGAGAAGAAGAAGAAGAACAAAACCCAUACAGAUGUGCAGGAGCAAGUUGGCCAAUUUGAACCCUGCGGUGAAGAGGGCCAAGUUAUAGUUAAAUUGGAAGAUGACCAGGAACAGAUGGAUCAGCAGCUUCACGAAGAAGAGAUGAGUCAGGACGGAGCUGAAAACCAAAAGCUGGACUAUACUGCUGUAGAACAAAGUCUUUAUGGAGACGCUGGUGAGCAAGGAAAUGCUCAGGUGUUUGUGAAAACUAUGACUAGUGUUGCUCCGUUCACGAGCACCUCAGAGCCACACAUAACAAUCCAGAGUGGAUCUCCCAUCAAGCUGACCAGAUGUUUUACCUGUUGUGAAAAAUUCCACUGUCCAUUUUGCAAACCAGAGGUUUACAAGCCUACAGUGGAGAGCAAACUGAGGAAUCACAUCGCAGCCCAUGAAAAACGGGCUGUGCACUUUAAAGGGUACAUCAUUUUCAAAUGCAAUCUUUUGUGCAGUCCACAUGCACACUUCCACUGCCCAAACUGUCCAAUGUUAUUUCACAAGAAAAACAGAUAUUUGUAUCAUCUUCCCAAAUGCUUGGGUGGGAAAGAGGUGGGUCACAUGGAUCAUGAAGAGGAGAGCAAAACCCAUACAGAUAUGGGAGAGAUGGAUGGCCUGGGUGCUUCCAGAGGUGAAGGGGGCCUAGUUAUAGUUAAAUUAGAAGCUGAUCAGUACCUGAUGGAUCAACAGCCUUAUAAAGACGAGAUGAGCCAAGAUGGAUCCGAAGACCAGAAUGUGGACUAUACUGCUGUAGAACACGGAUACGCUGUUGAAGGGAAUGCUGAAGUCUCUGUGGAAACAAUGACUAGUGUUGCUCAGAUCAGGAGCACCUCAAAGCUGCUUACAGUAAUCCAGAGUGGAUCUCCCAUCGAGCUGGCAAGAUGUUUUACUUGUUGUAAAAAAUUCCACUGUCCAUUUUGCAAGCCAGAGGUUUACAAGCCUACAGUGAUGAGCAAAUUGAGGAAUCACAUCGCAGCACAUAAAAAGCGGGCUGUGCGUUUUAAAGGGUACAUCAUUUUUAAGUGCAAUAACCUGUGCAGUCCACACGCACAUUUCCACUGCCCAAACUGCCCAAAGAUAUUUCACAAGAAAAAUAGAUAUUUGGACCAUCUUCCUAAAUGCUUGGAUGGGAAAGAAGUGGGUAACAUGGGGCCUGGAGAGGAGGAAGAGCGAAAACCCCAUAUAGAUGUGGCGGAGAUGCUUGGCCUGUCUCUUCCCAGAGAGGAAGAGGCCCAAAUCCUUAAAUUGGAAGAUGACCAAGGUGAAGUUGAAGACCAACGUGUGGACCAUACUGCUGUAGAACAGAAUGUCUGUGGAGAUGCUAGUGAGCAAUGCAAUGCUCAGGUCUUUGCGAAAACAAUAAAAAGUGUUGAUCAGGUCAGGAAAAAUGUAAGAAUAUUAGUUUCUUGUCCUAUGUGCGAUAUUGUCUUGUACAAAAAGAACUUUAAAAAACAUAUGGAGAGGAAGCACUCAGACAUUCUUCUGUUCUGAUGUCACCACAAACAGCCGUGUGUAAAGAUGUAAGAUGUUUUUGAUGGCAUGUUUGCUGUUCUGAAACAUAACAUGGGUCAAGCAUCACACUCUAUGUUCAACAGAUGAUGUGUGGUAAACACCCACAAGUACUGUGAGAGUCACCUGAUUAUCAACAAAAAAUUGCAAAUCUCAGAUGCAUUAAUCUCAAUUAUGUUACUGUAAUGCUACUGUAGAAUGCCACUGUGCCUUCUCUAAGAGUGGAAACAUUAUCUGAUAUUAUCAUAGCCAAGCUAAGACCCCUGAAUCUGUGAAGCAACUGCAAGAUCAAUAACAAGAAAGACUUGGAAGUGGAAGUGGAAUACUCUGUUCUCCCCAGUAUGAAGACCAGGAGAGAUGGCCGGCUCUUUUUCUUGAACAAAUUUGUCAGGUGUUCUAAUUUGGCACCACCCAGGACAUGUUGAGAACAUUUAGAUAAGCCUCUGACAAGUACUCUCCUCGACUGCUUAAAAAACUGUACUGUGGAAAAAGGGUAUCCUUUAGUCAAGACAUGAUCAGCCUCUAGGAAAAGCUUGAUGAACAGGUACACUUAUCUGCUAAACAUUGUAUUUAUUUUUGGAAGAAAAAAUAACAGAAUAAGAAAUCACAUAGAUACUGUUAAACAUUAAAUGUGGCUAAAGGGCUACAAAUAAGUGUGGUGGUUAUUAUCUCUACAGAAUGUCUUCUGUUCCAGAUUCUCUGUUCUGUUUUGAUUUUAUCUGACCUUAAUUACUACAUGAAACCGGGUAUAUGGAGUUCACCAACAAAUACUGUAGUAGAUGAGGUCACGUAUGCUGAGAUUGGCUUUUACUAUUCAACAGUAGUUUCAGAACAACACUUUUUUGACAAAGUAUUGGGGCUAAGUAUUAUGCUUGUCUCGGUUAAAAUGGAUGCAUAUAUUCAGCCUGCUCAUCCUGCUCAUCAAUGUUUUUUAAGUCAACAUUUCGUUGUACAAAACCAUAAAAACCUUUUUUUAUUUGAUUAUUAUUAUUAUUAUUUUUUGUUAUUUUCUCUCUGUAACUUGUUACCUGUUUUAAAAUAGUAUUAUUAGACUAUCUUUGGUUUUGGGGUGAAUGCUCUAUAGCAGUAUUUCUGUUUUCAAGAAGUACCAAUCCAGAUGAUGAAAAUGGCUAUACUUACUGUAUUUGAAGAUGAUGAUGCACCUGCCUUUCUACAGUCAUGAAUAUUGUCAUUGUUCUAAAAGAGACUAUUGUUCUCACAGACAUUCCACACUUCCUUACUGCCUUUGUCUUUAUUUCUGGCUUGUUCUAUGUUUUAAAUAUGGAGAUUUCAAAAGAAUAUGGGUAUGCUUUUAAAGCUAUUCAGCACUGAACUGUCAGAACUGUCCACUAAUUUGCUCACAGUGUGUCAGAAACUCAAAACAAACUCUAACUCUAAAUUCGAAGCUGGUCUUACUUGCUGGUUGGACUAAUGUUUUGGUUUAGAAAGGUACAAUAAAACAUGUUCAUUUACCAGUUUUCUUGUUUGCCUUAGCUAAAAUUGUGCCAACUUAUAUUUUAUGUCUCAUAAAAUCUGUUAUGUAAAGAGUACCAUCCAAAUUCCAUCUGUGAACUUGUUUCAUUGGGUUUGGUUUGCAGUCGCUAAGACCAUCAAACGUUAAAAGUUAAAGUCUGCCCCAGGAAAGGAAGACCAAGAGUUACCUCUGUUGUACAGAAAAAGUUUUUUAGAGUUAUCAGCCUUAGAAACUGCAAGUUGCUUAACAGAGUAUGUUGGUUUUUAUAACAGAUUUAAGUUUAACUAAUGAUUCCUUAUGCCUUUUUUUCAUUGUCUGGAUGACUUCUGAGUUAAUUUACAAUGUUGGACAAAAAACAACACAUUUAAACAGAAAAUGUGUCCAAACUUUUGACUGAAACUGUACAUACAGCUUUGGAAAAAAAUAAGAGACCACUUAAAAAUGAUGAGUUUCUUUGAUUUUACCAAAUUGAAAACCUCUGAAAUAUAAUCAAGAGGAAGAUGGAUGAUCACAAGCCAUCAAACCAAGCUGAACUGCUUGAACUUUUGCACCAAGAGUGGCAUAAAGUUAUCCAAAAGCAGUGUGUAAGACUGGUGGAGGAGAACAAUCCAAGAUGCAUGAAAACUGUGGGUUAUUCCAUCAAGGGUUAUUCCAUCAAAUAUUGAUUUCUGAACUCUUAAAACUUUAUGAACAUGAACUUGUUUUCUUUUCAUUAUUUGAGGUCUAAAACUCUGCACCUUUUUAUUUUAGCCAUUUUUAAUUUUAAACCUCUAAAUGAUUAUUUUUAUUUGGAAUUUGAAAGAAAAGUUUUCCGUAGUUUAUAGAAUAAAACAACAAUAUUGCAAAAUUAGAUAAACUGAUUCAAAAAGUGAAAUUAAAUUGGUCUCUUAUUUUUUUUUCCAGAGCUGUAUAUACAGUGUCUCUACCUAAGGCCAUGCAUGCCUGUGUCCUCCACACUCUGCUAUUGUUUAGGUUUAUUUUAAUUAAUGUACAGUGUGCUGAGAGCAAGAGCUUCAAAGAUAUGUGUAUGAGACCUCCUGCAGGGCUGAAGAUUCACUGUUUAGAGAUUAAUGAAGCGAUGAGAUGGUAGCUUGGUAUUCAGCAGCAGUACCCAUUGACCUAAUUAAUGGUAUACAUUAUUAAAACCCAGAAAUUAUAUCUGACAUUUUUAACUUGAAAAUAAAGUUGUUUCUAAAUAGCAUG